AUGAAGUGGGUGGUAUCAAUUCUUUUAAUUUUUCUACUAAAUUCUACUGAAUCCAGAACAAUGCAUAGCAAUGCAUAUGGAAUAGCUUCCGCACUGGAUUCUUUUCAAUGUUCUCCAGAGAUGAAUUUAGUUGACCUAGCCACCAUAUUUUUUGCCCAGUUUGUUCAAGAGGCCACUUACAAGGAAGUAAGCAAAAUGGUGAAAGAUGUAUUGACUGUAACUGAGAAGUCCACUGGCAGUGAGCAGCCAACAGGGUGUUCAGAAAACCGGCUAUCUGCCUUCCUGGAAGAAAUUUGCCAUGAGGAGGAAAUUCCUGAAAAGUAUGGACUUUCAGGUUGCUGCAGCCAAAAUGAAGAGGAAAGACAUAACUGUUUACUGGCACGCAAGAAGGACUCUCCAGCAUCCAUCCCACCCUUCCAAGUUCCAGAACCUGUCACGAGUUGUAAAGCAUAUGAAGAAAACAGGGAGAUGUUCCUGAACCGAUACCUGUAUGAGAUAGCAAGAAGGCACCCCUUCCUGUAUUCAUCUACAGCUCUUUAUUUGGCUUCUCACUAUGACAAAAUAAUUUCAGCAUGCUGCAAAUCUGAAAAUGCAGUUGAAUGUUUCCAAACAAAGGCAGCAACAAUUACAAAAGAAUUAAGAGAAACCAGUUUGUUAAAUCAACAUGUGUGUGCAGUGAUAAGAAAUUUUGGACCCCGAACUCUCCAAGCUAUAACGGUUACCACACUGAGUCAAAGGUAUUCCAAGGCUAAUUUUACUGAAAUUCAGAAGCUAGUCCUGGAUGUGGCCCACGCACAUGAGGAAUGUUGCAGGGGAAACGUGGAGGAGUGUGUGCAGGAUGGGGAAAAACUUAUAUCCUACGUAUGUUCUCAAGAAGAUAUUCUGUCAAGCAGCAUAGUCGAAUGCUGUAAAUUGCCCACAGUUGAACUUGCUCAAUGCAUAAUUCAUGCUGAAAAUGAUGACAAACCUGAAGGCUUAUCUCCAAACCUAAAUAGACUUUUAGGAGAGAGAGAUUUCAACCAGUUUUCUUCAAAGGAAAAAGAUCUCUUCAUGGCCAGAUUUACUUAUGAAUAUUCAAGAAGGCAUACUAAGCUUGCUGUCCCAGUAAUUCUAAGAGUUGCUAAAGGAUACCAGGAGUUCUUGGAGAAGUGUUCCCAGUCUGAAAACCCUCUUGAAUGCCAGGAUAAAGGGGAAGAAGAAUUACAGAAAUAUAUCCAGGAGGGCCAAGCGCUGGCCAAGCGAAGCUGCGGCCUCUUCCAGAAAUUAGGAGACUAUUACCUACAGAAUGCGUUUCUUGUUGCUUACACAAAGAAAGCCCCUCAGCUGACCCCACCUGAGCUGAUAGCUUUGACCAGAAAAAUGGCAACCGCAGCAGCCACUUGUUGCCAACUCAGUGAGGACAAACAAUUGACCUGUGGGGAGCAAGCGGCUGGCCUUAUUAUCGGACAAUUAUGCAUCAGGCAUGAAGAGAGUCCUAUAAACCCUGGUGUUGGCCAGUGCUGCACUUCUUCAUAUGCCAACAGGAGGCCAUGCUUCAGCAGUUUGGUGGUGGAUGAAACAUAUGUCCCUCCACCAUUCUCUGAUGACAAGUUCAUCUUCCACAAGGAUCUGUGCCAAGCUCAGGGUGUAGCACUGCAAACAAUGAAGCAACAGUUUCUCAUUAACCUUGUAAAGCAAAAGCCACAAAUAACAGAGGAACAACUUGAGGCGGUGAUCGCCGAUUUCUCUGGCCUCCUGGAAAAGUGCUGCCAACGUCAAGGGCAGGAAGUCUGCUUUUCAGAAGAGGGUCCACAACUGAUUUCCAAAACUCGUGCUGCUUUGGGAGUUUAAAUUACUUCAGGGGGAAGAAAAGAAGACAAAAUAGGUCUUUAUAGUUUGGUGUGAAUUUCCCUUUAAUUUUAUCUGACUUAAUACUCUGUGUGAAUUAAUGAAAUAAUGAAGACUUUUGUGUGAGAGUUCCCUGUCAUAGAAAUAAAGUUAUCUCCAAAUGUU